GGGAUGGAGACUUGUAGUGUCCACUGAUCAGACACUGUGUAAAGCAGCUCCAUCAGUAUCUGCAGAUUCCCCCAGCACUACAGUCACUAUGGUUCACUGGACAGCUGAAGAAAAGGCAGCCAUUGCUUCUGUCUGGGCAAAAGUCAACAUUGAACAGGAUGGCCAUGAUGCUUUAACCAGGCUGCUGGUUGUUUAUCCCUGGACCCAGAGGUACUUCAGCAGUUUUGGAAACCUCUCCAAUGUGUCCGCUAUCUCUGGAAAUGUCAAGGUUAAGGCCCAUGGAAAUAAGGUCCUGUCAGCUGUCGGUACUUCAAUUCAGCAUCUGGAUGAUGUGAAGGGCCACCUGAAAGCUCUCAGCAAGACCCACUCUGAGGAACUUCAUGUGGAUCCUGAAAACUUUAAGCGCCUUUCGGAUGUGCUGGUGAUCGUUCUGGCUUCCAAACUUGGAUCUGCCUUCACUCCCCAAGUCCAAGCUGUCUGGGAGAAGUUCAAUGCCGUUUUGGUGGCUGCUCUUAGCCAUGGCUACUUCUAAAACACUUGCCAAUUAUUUUGUCUUGCUAUAAGUGUAAUAAAACAAAAUUUUGAAAUUAAA